UUUAAUUUUUUUGGGUGUGACUUCAGCUGUUUAGAGCAUUAUAAAAGCCUGCUAACACUCAAGGAAGCAGUACACAUCAAGAGCUCAUUUUUCUUCCUUACUCUAUAAAAGAUGGAGAUCACUUAUUCAUCUAUUUUCAACUUUGUUCAACUGCUCACUUUCUUUUCCUUUUUGUUUAUUCUUUUUGACAAACGGAGAAAAUCAACACAACAAAAUUUGCCUCCAGGUCCAUGGAGACUCCCAGUUAUAGGGAGUCUUCAUCACUUGAGAGGUGCAUUAUUAUUUCCACAUCGUACCCUUAAAAUUUUAUCCUCAAAAUAUGGUCCUAUUAUGUAUUUGCAACUCGGAGAAAUUCCUGCUGUGGUCGUAUCCUCGCCAAAAAUGGUGGAAGAAGUACUACAAACUCAUGAACUCGCCUUUGCUACUAAGCCACAACUUACGUCCAUAACAAUCACUACUUACAAUUAUAAGGACAUUGCAUUUGCGCCAUAUGGUGACAAGUGGAGACAAAUGCGUAACAUAUGUGUUACGGAGCUACUAAGCACGAAAAUGGUCAAAUCAUUUAGCUCAAUUCGGAGAGAUGAGAUUUCGAAUCUAAUUUCAUCAAUCCAAUCCACGAAGGGUUCACGUGUUGUCAACCUAACAGAAAAAAUCCUUCGGUUUACAAACUCGGUGACUUGUAGAUCGGCCUUUGGAAAAGUAUACACGAAUCAAGACGAGUUGAUAAAUUUGUUGAGGGACGUGCUGGAUACAUUAGGGGGAUUUGAUGUGGCUGAUUUGUUCCCUUCUUGGAUGUUACUUCACAAGAUGAGUGGAGUUAAAUCGAAACUUAUAAAGCUGCAUCAGAAGGUUGAUGUAGCUCUCGAGAACAUUGUUAAUGAGCAUAUUAAGAAUCGAGCACUUGGAAGCAAGGAGAAUGGUGAUCAAUUUGGAGGUGAAGAUUUGGUUGAUGUUCUCCUAAGAAUUAAGGAGAAUAAUGAACUUCAAUUUCCAAUCACAAGUGAUCAUAUAAAAGCAAUCAUUUCUGACAUGUUUGCUGCUGGAACUGAAACUUCAGCUGCGACUAUUAUUUGGGCAUUAUCGGAAAUGGUGAGAAGACCAAAAAUUAUGGCCAAGGUCCAAAGUGAAGUGAGACAAGCCUUCAAAGGAAAGACAAAUUUUGAUGAAGAAGAUCUUGAGAAAUUGUCAUACCUGAAAUUAGUGAUCAAAGAAACAUUAAGGCUACAUCCUCCGAGUACUCUACUACCAAGAGAAUGUAGAAAACUGACAUAUAUUGAUGGAUAUACAAUACCUCCUAAAACCAGAGUACUAAUUAAUACAUGGGCACUUGGCAGAGAUCCAGAAAGUUGGGACAAUCCUGAGAGUUUUAUACCAGAGAGAUUUGAAAAAUCUCCUGUUGACUAUAUGGGAAAUUACUUUCAGUUUAUUCCAUUUGGUUCUGGAAGAAGGAUUUGUCCAGGAAUGCAAUUUGGUUUAACUAAUGUUAAACAUCCUUUGGCUCGGCUCCUCUACCAUUUCGAUUGGGCGCUUCCAAAUGGAGCUAGUCCAAAAGACUUGGAUAUGUUAGAAAAAACUGGAUUAAGUGCAGCGAAGCAGAAAGAUCUGUGCUUAAUUGCAAUAGAUCACAGAGACGAUUUCAAAUUUGAUGUUGUGCUUUAAAUGAUGAAAAGUCAUAAAUACCAUUCGUAUAAUGCUUUAAUAAUCUCCUUUCAGUUUGGUGUAUGUUUAUGUCUCACUUUCAUCUUUGAAUUUUACCUAGAAAAUGUGCAAUGACUAAGAUCUACAGCUUGCAUUGGGACAACUCGAACUUAAUUUUUUGAGAGUUCAGAUUCA